CUGGUGAGCGGCGAGUUCUUUUUAAUCGUUUCUCUCGUUUUCUUUCCCAGCCAUCCCUCUGUCGGGCGUGAGGUUCACAAUGGACUGCCCCCAGGGGUACAAGAGAGUCAACAACUCCUACUGCCAAGACAUCAACGAAUGCCAGCUGCAGGGGGUGUGCCCCAACGGCGUGUGUGUGAACGCCAUGGGAAGCUUCAGGUGCUCCUGCAAGCCAGGCUUCAUCCCCGACUCCUCCCUCCGCACCUGCAUCCCCGAUACCCCUGCGGUCCGCGAGGAGAAAGGGGCUUGUUUCCGAUUGGUGGGUUUGGGGAAGCAGUGCUUGCACCCGGUGUCGGUGCAGCUGAGCAAACAGCUGUGCUGCUGCAGUGUGGGCAAGGCCUGGGGUCCGCGCUGUGACAAGUGUCCCAGUCCUGGAACAGCUGCCUUCAAGGAGAUCUGCCCGGGCGGGAUGGGGUACACGGUGACCGGCACCUACCGUCCGAAACCGGUCAACCCACCGGACAGCAGGCCCCGAAUCACGCAUGAGGCGCCCCAGGUUCCCCCUCUCCCGUUACCCACGGUCCAGAGACCCGUGGAAGCUCUGAGCGUCACUGAGAGACAGCUCCCGGACGUCCCAGUAGUCACGGCAGCGCCAGAGGAGGAACUCGUUACGCUCGGUGUUAGCAAUAAUUCGGUAGUAGAGCCCGGCCAGCCCCAGCUUUCCCCCGGCGUAUCGACCAUAAGGAUGGAGCCCGCCUACCCAGAGGUGGUGGAGAAGACGUCUCCCCCCGCCCCCGUCGAAAUCCUCCCUUCCAGCGCCAGCCAGGACAUCGCGCCCACCCAGCUGGCAGAGGUGGAUGAGUGUCUGGUGAGCCCGGUCAUAUGUGGCCCAGGUGUCUGCAUUAACUCAGCAGACGGCUACACCUGCAUCUGCGACUAUGGUUACCAGCUGGAUGAGGAGGGGACCACCUGUGUAGAUGUGGACGAGUGUGCCCAGGGCUCGCUCGUGUGCGCCAACGGCCGCUGCAGGAACACGGACGGGAGCUUCCGGUGCGUGUGCCAGUCCGGCUUCGCCGCCGGCGAGGAAGGGACCAGCUGCGUCGAUGUGGACGAGUGCCUGACCCCGGGUGUUUGCGGUGACGAGGGCUUCUGUGUCAACAGCAUGGGCUCCUACACCUGCCGGCACUGCGAGGCGGGCUACAAGAUGACCCCGACGGGUCACUGUGCAGAUGUUAAUGAGUGCUUGGACCAGGCCAUCUGUCCCUCUGGGAUGUGCACCAACACCCAUGGAUCAUACGAAUGCGAGCCUUGCCCCGAGGGUUUCGAAGGCAAGGGCGGCCAGUGUGUCGACGUGGACGAGUGCCUCGACCCCUCGGCGUGCGCCAAUGGCCAGUGCUCCAACUUCGAGGGGUACUUCGUCUGCGCGUGUCACCGCGGCUACCGGCUCGGCGCGGAUGGCCGAUCGUGCGCAGAUGUGGACGAAUGCUGGGAUGAGAGAAUAUGCUCCAGGGGUCACUGUCAGAACACAGAGGGGUCCUUCAUCUGCAGCUGUGGGCCGGGCUUCAAGGUCUCACUGGCCGGGGACCAGUGUGAUGAUGUGGACGAGUGCCAGGAGCUGGUGGAGCCCUGCGGCAGCGUGGGGCAGUGUGUCAACAACAUGGGGUCCUACCACUGCAGCUGCCCCCAGGGCUACCAGCAGGUCAAUGGCACCAGCUGCCAAGAUGUUGACGAGUGUCUGGACGACCCCGAGCUGUGCGGCCCCCACGGGGAGUGUCUGAACACCGAGGGCUCCUUCCAGUGCGACUGCGGGCCGGGCUUCACCGCCAACCAGGACACGCGCACCUGCGAGGAUGUUGAUGAGUGCACGCUGCUGGGCCAGAGCAUAUGUGGGGCGUGGCGCUGCGAAAACACCCCGGGGUCCUACAAGUGCGUGGUCAACUGCCCCCCCGGCCACGCCCUGGGACCCAACGGCUUUUGUGCGGACGUGGACGAGUGCGCGCGCAACAGCACGGCGUGCGGGCCGCACGGCUUCUGCGAGAACGCCAUCGGCUCCUUCCGCUGCGCGUGCGACCGCGGCUUCCAGGAGUCGCCGGACGGGCUCGGCUGCGUGGACGUGAACGAGUGCGAGCUCCUGAGCGGCGUGUGUGGCGAGGCGCUCUGCGACAACGUGGAGGGGGCCUUCAUGUGUGUGUGCCCCAAGGAGAACCAGGAGUACAACCAGAUGACCGCCAAGUGCAGCCCCGCCCCCACAGUGUCCUCUGUGGAAAGGAAGGAGUGCUACUACAACCUGAACGACGAGAACCUGUGUGAGAACGUGCUGACCAGCAGCGUCACCAUGGAGGAGUGCUGCUGCACGCUGGGGGCCGGCUGGGGCGACAACUGUGAGGUGCACCCCUGCCCCGUGCAGGGCACAGAUCAGUUUGCCCAGAUGUGCCCGGCGGGGAAGGGCAGUGUCCCGACUGGAGACUCCAUCUUUGGGACGGCGGCCUCCAGCCACAAAGAUGCGGACGAGUGCGUCCUGUUCAGCCAGGAGAUCUGCAAGGACGGCUUCUGCUUGAACACGGCCGGCAGCUACGAGUGCUACUGCAAGCAGGGCCUGUACUACGACGAGGUCAAGCUGCAGUGCCUGGACAUUGAUGAGUGUCUGGACGAGAGCACCUGCGGAGGCAGCGGGCAGUGCAUGAACUCGCAUGGCUCCUACAUGUGCUUCUGCAACCCCCCGAUGAUGCUGAACCCGGACAGCAUGCGCUGCGAAUCUGCCCCCACGGUCUCGGAGCCUGCCGAACAGACUGAUAUCUACCAGGACAUUUGCUGGCAGACGGUGACGCAGGAGUCCCUGACCUGCACCAGCCCGCUGACCGAGAGGAAGACCACCUACACGGAGUGCUGCUGUCUGUACGGAGAGGCCUGGGGCAUGGACUGCGCUCUCUGCCCGAGGAAGGACUCGGAGAGCUACGCCACCAUGUGCAACAUGCCCCACGGCCAGGGCCGACGCCCCUACGGUCGCGACGCGCUGCCCCCCUCCGAGCACGACUACCCCGUCCACGAGGUGCCCCCGGAGUACGGCUCCCAAUCCCAGUCGCCCCGCUACCUCCCCGACUACGAGAACCAAGAGCAUGCGUACGACGCGUUUGAGGGCCUGCGGGCGGACGAGUGCGGCAUCCUGAACGGCUGUGAGAACGGGCGCUGUGUGCGCGUGCAGGAGGGCUACACCUGCGACUGUUUCCACGGCUACACCCUGGACAUGUCCCGCAUGGCCUGCGUGGAUGUGAACGAGUGUUCCGAGCUCAAAGAUGAUCGGAUGUCGCCGUGCCACAACGGCAAGUGCGUCAACACGCAGGGAUCCUACAAGUGCGUCUGCCUGCCGGGCUUCGAGGCGUCCGAUAGGCCCAACUACUGCGUCCCCGGCAACAAGGAGGCGGCGGCGGCGGCGGCGACAGCUGCCGUGAGCGAGUGACCCAGGAUGCCCACUAGGGGGCGACAAACAUUAAACACAUUUAUUUAAUCCAAGCCCAUAUACUCUGCACUGUAUAAAACUAAAUGAGACAAAAAAAUAUAUAUAUAUUCUUACUUGAGAUGAAGAUGGAAAAAAAGAAAACAAAACUAAAUUUUAACCUGUACGGAGGAAGCGAAACAAAGCAUUGUAUAAAUAUGUGUUUGUUUGUUUGUUUUUAUAGUUAUUAUAAUUAUUAUUAUUGUUAUUAUUAUUAGAAGGAGUUUAGGCGUGUAAGGGGGACGCUUGUGCUCCUAUCGCAAUGACAAACCCUACGGACUCUUGCUGGGGGAUAAGGUUUUUUUUUAAAAAAAAAAGAAAAGUUUCUUUGUGUCUCCGCCCCAGUCAGAGCGCCCCUUGUGUGGAGACUCUGUGUGAGUGAAGAGGCUGACCAACCGGCCCUUUCCACUGAGCGACUCUGCCUCCGCCUACCCCCAACCCCCCCGCCCCAUAUUCCUCCUCUUCCUCUUCCUCUUCGCUCUGCGGUCACUCUGUAGGACUGUCCCCGCUCGCCCACGUCGCCCGAUACUCCGCUCUUCCACGCAAACACACAGUAUGUGCUGUACUGUAUGAGAAUGUUAUUAAUGUAAAGUCUUUUGAAUAAGCUUUUUCUAGGCAUUUGUUGAUUUUGGUUUUUUUUUGUAUUAAAGUUUUUUUUUUUUUAAAGCACGAAACUGUAUUUCUCUGUGUCUGGAACAUUGGACAAUGGCAGGUUUUUUUUUCUUUUAUUUUUCUUCUCAUUUUAAUUUAGCCUUUUUUUGUCUGCCCUGUGGAGCAGUACAUUUUGAUAUUCUUUACCCUUCAUGUUUUUUUCCCAUAGUUUUUAUUUUCCUAUAGUGGAAGUAGUUUUCUUUUAUGAUCUGACAGAAAAUGAAGUGCUCCGUUUUUUUUAUUUUAAUUUUUUUUUUUUUUUUGUUUUCUUAAUUAUUUUUGUUUGGUUUUUGUUUUGUUUUUUUGUACUUUUUGAACAUUUUCAGAAUUUUAAAGUCUUGCCAGGUUGCAACGCUGCUAAAAGACAGCCGUGGGAGUAAGUUUUGUACAUUUAAAAUGAGGAGGUGAAAUCCAGUUUAUGUAUUGUUAUUUGUACAUGGAAAAUAGCUCUUGUUUGAAUAUCCUUUCAUAUUACAAUGUAUAAUAAACCCCUUUGAAUAAAUCACUAUAUGUGAUAAUACAAUCA